GAAGACGAGGCAACAUGGCUCCCGGAGGUGGAAGGCAGAGGCUUCAACCCCUUUGAAGCGGUGAAGAAGAGCAGCGGAGGGGAACGGGAAAAGAGAAGUGACUACGACUUGUCAUCGCUUUUAUCUUCCCAGCCUCUUCUGAGUCUGGUCAGCCUCACCUCUGCUCUCCACCCGCACCCAGUCUGUGGUCUCCUCCCCUCCCCGCCCACGUUCCCUCGCCCCUCCCGUUCUCAAACCCUCUCCCCGCCCCCCUCGCCCCUACCCCCCGCGGAGUGCGCACGCGCCCGCCUCCAGCUCCGCGCGGGGAUCGCCGACUGGCCCGCUUGCGCAGCCGCUGUUCCUUCUGCCCACGGAGGAAGCAUGGGCGUCCAGGGCUUCCAAGAGUUCCUGGAGAAGCGCUGUCCCGGGGCUGUGGUGCCUGUGGACCUCCUCAAACUCGCGCGCACCGUCUCGCGCCAGCAGCAACAGCAGCACCUGCACCGCCAGCUGCCGCCAGCAGCCCUAGCACCGGGGGCUCCACGCAUCACCAGGGGCUCUGCUCCUCUGCCGCCGCCGCUCCCGCCCGCUGCCUUUGGUGCUUACUCCGGGGGCGCGGGGCCGACUCGGCACCAUCACCCUGCUCACCAUUUCCACCACCAUGGUCAAGCUCCGCCAGGGCUGCAUCCGCCGCCGCCCCCUCCGCUGCCUGGUGCUCGGGUAUUGGUAGACGCGGGCUCGGCGCUGCCGCGGCUCUAUGGUGGCUACCAGACGGAUUGGGUUUGUGGCGGCCAGUGGAAUGCCAUGCUGGGCUACUUGUCAGCGCUGUGCCAGGCUUGUGCCUAUCCGGGCGGAGACGGCCUGGAGCUGGUGGUCAUGUUCCCUGGGGGCCUGGGGAAGGACCGACUAGCUGAGUGGGGCCGUCGGUGCCAGGCGGAGCGGCAGACUGCGCAACUGAUCGUGGGACACGUGGGCAACAAGGGCACCCCUCCACCGCGGGCCUGGUUCCUGCCACCUGCCUGUCUGAGCCACUGCGUGAGGCUAGCACUCAUCCGCUUCCGGGUCAAGGUCUUUCAGAGCCUUGAAGACCACCAUUUGGAAGUGGUGGCCUUUUUCAGGGAGAAUGGCUUUCAUGGCCUUCUCGCUCAUGACUCUGAGUAUGCGCUCUACAAUAUUCCAUCUUACUACAGUUCCCAUGCACUGAAGCUGAGCUGGAACGGCAAGAACCUUACAACCAACCAGUUUCUGAUGCAGGAAGUGGCCAAGCAGCUGGGGUUGAAGCGAAUGAAUUUUCCUAUAUUUGCUGCACUGCUUGGUAACCACAUUCUACCAGAUGAAGACUUGGCUGCUUUUCACUGGAGCCUUUUGGGACCAGAACAUCCUCUUGCAUCACUUAAGGUCCGAGCUCAUCAGCUGGUUCUUCCUCCUUGUGAUGUCGUGAUCAAGGCUGUUUCUGAGUAUGUUAGUUCCAUCAAAGACCCCUCAAACCUGGAUGUGGUUGGCAAGGAUGUUUUCAAACAAUCUCAGUCUAGGACAGAAGACAAAAUAGAACGAUUCAAGAAAGCAGUUGAGUACUAUUCAGUCACAACCAAACUCUCUUCACUGCCAGUGGGUCCUUCCUUUCUAGGCUUUCGAAAUAAUCGGCUUGGAAAUCCUCCCCUUCCACGGAAUCAGAUGGGCCCUAUUUCCCCUGGGAAGCCAAUGUUUUCUCGCCAGGUGCCCCAGAAAAUGAAAUAUCCACCACCAUUUCCAAUGGGACCCAACUCGUCUCUUCUCUUCUCCCAUAGUGUGGGGGAAUCCCAUGCUUUCUCUGAGGAUGCCAUGCUGCAGGACAGUUCCUUUGCCAAUUGGGCUGUUCCUUAUGACUCUAAUACAUCCCAGUUUCCUAACUGCCUGACUUCCAAAACUUCACCUCCUUUGGAACCAGAUUCUUCCCAUUCCUCUUCCUCAGAUGCUGAUGAGGCAAAUGGAGCUGGUUCUGAACAAGUCACAGAAGCCGUUCAACAACAGCCUGGAUGGGAAGAUUCCAGUGGUGACAGAGGGGCUUGGGUCCAGCCUGUUGAUGCUGGAGUUUCAGAAACCAGCGUAGCUGAAAGUGAACCUCCCAUCCCAUCUCUGCUAUCUAUGUCUACAAGGAACCACAUGGAUAUCACCAUUCCACCCUUACCUCCAGUAGCUCCAGAGGUCUUGAGGGUUGCUGAACACAGACACCGAAGGGGUCUUAUGUAUCCAUAUAUUUACCACAUCCUUACUAAGGGUGAGAUUAAAAUCCCUGUAUGUAUUGAGGAUGAAUGUAACAUGGAUCUGCCUCCAGCUGCUCUCCUGUUUCGGUCAGCUCGCCAAUAUGUAUAUGGAGUUCUUUUUAGCCUAGCAGAGACACAGCGGAAAAUGGAGCGUCUGGCCAUGCGGCGACGGUUACCUAUGGAAGUUCCUUCUGUGAUCCUUAAAGAGUGGUCUGCAUAUAAAGGGAAGUCACCUCAGACCCCCGAACUGGUAUCUGCACUCACUUUUCGAGAAUGGACUUGCCCAAAUCUCAAGAAGCUCUGGUUAGGCAAAGCAGUUGAGGACAAGAACAGGAGGAUGCGGGCUUUCCUGGCCUGUAUGAAGUCAGACACGCCCAGUAUGCUCAAUCCAGCUAAUGUCCCCACCCACCUGCUGCUCAUGUGCUGUGUACUCCGAUACAUGGUUCAGUGGCCUGGUGGCCGAAUCCUGCAUCGCCACGAACUUGACACCUUCCUUGCACAGGCAGUGUCUACCCAGCUUUAUGAACCAGAUCAGCUCCAAGAACUCAAGAUUGAGAAACUGGAUGCUCGAGGGAUCCAGCUUGCUGCCCUGUUCAUGAGUGGGGUCGACACAGCUCUGUUUGCUAAUGAUGCAUGUGGCCAGCCAGUCCCUUGGGAGCACUGCUGCCCCUGGAUUUACUUUGAUGGCAAGCUGUUCCAGAGCAAACUCAUUAAAGCAGGCCGAGAGCGAGUAUCACUGGUUGAACUCUGUGAUGGCCAGGCUGACCUGGCAAGCAAAGUGGAAAAGAUGAGGCAGAGCAUCCUUGAAGGCGUCAACAUGAAUCAUCCGCCACCUUCUGCUCUGCUUCCCUCACCUACGUUCAUGCCUCCCAUGGUGCCCUCUCUCUACCCUGUUUCUCUUUACUCCAGAGCCAUGGGCUCAUUUCCACCUCCCCAUCAAGCAAGGAGUCGAGGGUUUGCAGGUCUCCAUCCAAUCCCACCCCAAGGAGGAAAACUGGAAAUUGCUGGCAUGGUGGUGGGCCAGUGGGCUGGCAGCAGAUCUUCCAGAAGUCGAGGAUCCUUUGGCAUGCAAGUGGUUUCUGUCGGUGGGCCAGGAAAGGGACACGGAAAAGAACAGGCUGGUAGAGGAUCCAAAGGUCACAAAAAAGGAAAUAAACAAGGCUCUUCAGAUGGAACUUCCAAAUCUGUGGAGCUUCAUCAGGCUCGGGCCCGCCCACAGGUGAAUGGAAACAAUGGCGCAGUGAUUGUGGAGGAGAAGAGCGAUCCCCUUCCAGCUCCAUCCCCAUGCGCCUUAUCCAGAGACAGCAAUGUGUGUAAUAAUAGCGAUGACCACUGCCUCCCUGUGAAGAAUGGAGAGAAGAACCAUGUGCAAGAGCAAGAGCAAGAGCAAGAGCAAGAGCAAGAGCUAGAAGCCGUGGCCCAACAGAAAGAGGAAUGAUAAGCUGACGAUGGUUGCACUUGUCAGGGGGAGGAGAAAACAAUACUUUUCUGAUUCUAGGCCCAAGUUAGAGGAGGAGAGAAAUCUUUACCCCAGAUCUAUCCUGGAUUUUCAGGAGAUGUUUAUGUAUUGUAUCCACCUUGUCAUCCCCAUCUUCUUUGACUCCAGACUUAGAACCUGGAAGGUUUCUAGUUAAUGAUGACUAAGGUCCAAUUUUCAAAUACACGGCACCAAUAUUUUCUUUGUACCUACUGGAAGUCUAGUGAGGCAGUAACUGUCAGAAAGGAGAUAUUAUUAUGGAAGUCCUGUGGGAAAGUUCUGGCUUUGGUUUUCUGAGUAUUUAAUGUAAUAGCUUAUUUAUAAACGUAUAUGAAAAAUAUGGGGUUGAAAGAUAAGCUGCCUAUGGUUUUGUCUUUAAGAUAAUGGAACCUUGAUGCCUAAUCAAUAUCCUCAUUACUCUCUCCCCUAACUCACCUUCCCCAGGAUUUUGUGUACCACCUCUAGCUCUGGCCUGACAAUCAGAUAGGUAGCUGUUUUCAGGGAAGUAGACAGUGUUGGUUUGGGUUAUUUUAUUUUAUUUUUUAUUUUAUACACUUUAAAAAAACUACAAUGGCCUUUGUACUGGGAGAUUCAAGUGAGUCCGAAAAGUACUGGGCAGAUUUUUCCUGCCUCCCAACCAGUGCAUUGUUUAUAAAAUAGAAGCUAUGGUGCAGUUCACUCUCUGCUGCCCACACUCUAAAAGGGUGGGAAUUAAUGUUAUGAAACUGAGUACAAAAGGGACUCAAAGUCUUUAUGUGUGUGUACAUGUGUAUAGGUGUGUGUGUGGGUGUAUAUAUGAACAUGUGUAUCUAUAUGCAUACACAUACCCUUUAUAUAAGAGACAGAUCUAUUUAUCUAUACAUAUUUUAUAUAUAUAAAUGUGUGUAUACAGAUAUAUAUACACAUACAUACAUGGUAAAGUUCCAGAUGACUUACUGAAUUUCCCAGAAAUGCUUCCACUGCUAUGGAAUGGUGGGUUUCAAAAGACCAUACUUUAAAUCUGAAAUCCUUACUAAGUCACAGCCUAUCACAAUUAUGAGAAGAUGGGCUACUUUAAAUCAGACACAAAGUACUUUCCAGAGAUUGCCUGUUCAGAUCAACAAAUACUUCACUUUGAACAGAGCCCUCACAUCCCAUAUGGUGAAAACAGGAGGUUGAGAUGGGAUUGGGAAGAGUUGCACAUUUUUUAUGAAGGUCUGGAGAUAGAAAAGGGAUAGGAGGUAAUUUCCAUUUGAAAAGGCUUUCAGCCAAUUUGGAAGAAAUGUCUUUUGGAACUCCAGGAUCAAAUUGGCUUCCGGCAAGAACUAACCGACAUGAAUCCAAAGAGGGAAAACUAGCAUUGGAAUGACGGGGUGGGGAGAUGUGAGGAAAUUUGACAAUUUGAUUUUACAUGCUUAGAUUGUUUCAUUUAUUCAUUGACAUUUUGACUACAGGAUCUUUUCAUUUGCUUUGCAAGGAAGAUGUCAGAAAACUUGGCCAGGGAUUUGAGAGGCAUUCUAUAAAAGAAUCUCAGUCCCUGUAGGGCCAAGAUCUGCCCAGGAUAAAAAGGCUCUUCCUCCUUGCUGGAGAUAAUCUUACGAAAACCUUGAUUUCCAGUUUCCCUCAUUUUGGGCAACCAAAAUAAAAGAAAUGGAAACAAGGCUUAUAACAAACUAGUAGUGUAUCUUCAUUCAGGAACUGAGGCUUCUAGCCACACACAUCUCCUUUUGGACUUUGAUAUUCUUGCCCAAGAAAUAUCAUUUCUACAAGAAUAUAACUGACUAGACUCCUAGCAGGGACCUCUAUCUUUGGGGGAAAAAAAACCAUGCAUCUUAACUUACAGUAGAUCCUUGGUGAUUUUUUUCCUAACAACCAGAAAGCUAUGUUUGCUGUUUGCCCAUUCGUCUCAAGAAACUAAAAUGUGUUGGGCUGUUUAACCCAAGUCAGACCCAGUUUAAGAGAACUCACAAUUUUCAGGGGACAGGAGCCCUGGUAUACCUUGCCCCAUGCCCAGACAUUUCUUAAAUAAGCCUAAUAAAUGUGUCAUAUGGUCCAUGCCAUAUAUAAGAAGAAGAGAAAGGUAUACAACAGUUCCUCUUUGAAACGAGAUCCCCUAAUUUGGUUCCCUUUCUGAUCUUGGACCUACCCAAUCCUUUUGCAAUAC